UGCAAUGAGCUUAGACAGCAAGUGAGGUACGAGUUCCCCUGCGUAACUUAAGGAGACAUGCGUGCUGCACGAUUCUGGCUUCGACGCUCCUUGGCCGCACUCCUCUUCUUCUGGAGUCUGGUUCUACUCGCAAGUCUGUGGUACAACGAGGUGCCUGGUACCGGAUGCAGGUGCUCUCACGACAAGAGUCCAACCGCUCUACCUCAGGGUGAUGGCUCAACAGACAAAAGGGUAUCCCCGACGAUAGUGGCGGUGACCUGUGCGAGCGGCUUGGAACUCACCAUGGCCAGUCUCAAGUCAGCCGUAGCAUUUUCAAGGGUUCCACUGAGGCUGAUUCUGUACGCCGAUGUUGAAAACAUCAAGCGUCUUCAAGACAGGAUCAUGCAGUGGCCAGCGAGUGCCUUGAACCGGAUUACCUACGAUCUACGCUUGGUGAUGUUCCCGAAGGAGAACUUUGAAACGUGGAAGAAACAGUUCAAGCCCUGCUCUUCGCAGCGACUCUUCCUCCCAGACAUGCUACCAAACGAGGAUGCAGUCUUGUACGUGGACGCCGACACCCUCUUUUUGAACCCUGUCGAAGAACACUGGAACGUCUUCGAGAAGAUGAACGAGAGCCAUCUGAUGGCCCUAGGUUACGAGGGUGAAGACGUAGCUCACAACGUUUACCACCAGCUUGCCAAGCACCCUUACCCUCCCCCUUUCGGAGCGAACGCCGGCGUUAUGGCCAUGAACCUCACGCGCAUGCGCAGCUUUGACUGGGCGUCGCGCCUGGCGCCCCUGAGGGAAGAGUACGCUGGCCGGUUACUCUGGGGUGACCAGGACUUAAUCAACAUCCUCUUCAGCUUUCACCCGGACAAGCUGUUCAUGUUGACGUGCAGAUGGAACUACCGCCAGGAUAACUGCAGGUUCCACGAUUCGUGCUCGGGAGAAACGCCCGCCUUGUUGCACGGUACCGCGAAGUGCUUCGCCGCCCCGUUCAGGGCACCUGCCUUCUCCACCAUCUACCGGGUCAUGGGGAAGUACGAGCUGGGCACAAGCCUGGAGCGGAACUUCAUCGAUCCACUGGAACGCGAGCUGCGCCGCGUACGGCAACACGAGUGCGUCGACGCCUUUCUGCUCCACUCCAAGCAGUGGCGGAUCCUGGCGCGACAGCUGGACAACGAACGAGGCUUAAAUGACGACGCCACCAAUGCGACGGCAUAUUGAUAAACAUAUAGGAACCGCACCUAGAAGGCGUUAUCGACUGGUGUGUUUAGCCUUUUAUUCCGCCCGUGCAUAGAAAUUGUGAUUUUGAAGUGGCUACAAAUGACGCCACGAAAAAGGAACAUUAUGCUGUGUUAUCUCGCGAUCCUGGCGGUUAGGCGUAGACAUUCUUGGGAGGAAAUUGUUUGUUUUCCCCCGUGGAGUCAUGAUGUUAGGUGCCUCCC